UGCAGCCAGCCCCGCCCGGGCGGGGCAGCGGGUCACAGUGGGGCCCUUUCUGACCCAUCCCUGGGACAGCCAGGGUUAGCUGGCACCAACACGGUGAACCCGCAGUGUCCGGCAGGACAGCGAGGGGACAGGGCAGGAGUGUGCGGGUCUGGCGAGGAGCCCCCAAGCGCAGCCUACAUCGUUUCCCUCUACCCCCGGCAGCCCCACGGCUGCCCCCUCCCCACCCUCAGCCCUCAUCCGGCAGGAUGGAGGAGAGACCGCCCAGCCGCCUCAGGGUGGCCUGGGAGAAGAGUGGGGCUCCCCAGGAGAGAAGACCUCCACCGGAGCCCUACGAGGUGACCGAGGUGCAGCCGCUGCAUGCCGAUGCUGACUGGCUGCCUGUGUAUGAAGAGGAGGAGAAUGAGGAGGAGAAGGAUGAGGAAGAGGAGAAGGAGGAGGAGGAGGAGGAGGAGGAGAAGGAUAAGGAGGAGGCCAAAGAAAUCAUUGAGGACUUUCUCAGCUUUACAGAAGAGGAGGAGAUGCGAAAGAUGACAUUCCUGGAGAGAAUCUGCACCAUUUGCAGAAACCGCAAAAAGAGGGGCUUGAGUGAGAGCCUGGCUGUUUUCUCCCGUGAAAAAAACUUGGUAGCGAAAGUCAAGGAGCUGCUGGAAAAUGAGCCCACGGACCAGCUGUGCACAGCAGUGCGCUACCAAGCCGUGCUUGCGAUCGCCGCCUUGAGGUACCAGCCCAGCCCCUGGUUUUGCCAGCGCAUCCCCAGAGCACAAUCCUGGUGGUCCGGACCCUAGCCGGGAGGCAUCCCCCACGUGGGCAGGGUGGCCCUCAGCUCUCCCUUGCUCUGGGCUUCUGCAGUGGUUGGAGGAAGCCCUGAAGCUCCCUGCAGGGUCUCGGCUCUUGCCCCAAAGC